AUGAAAACAGACGAUGGAAAUAGCACAGACACUUUUUCUGUUUCUAUCUGUUCAAGGAAAGAAUAUAUGCGUAACUAUAUGAGAAGAAUAAGACAGAGUUCUAAACAAGCAAGCUUUCAGAAAAAAGACAAGACCAGGAAGAGAGAUGAAAGGCAAAAUAAUCCAGAAAAACACCGUGCCAUAGAUAAACAAAGCAAGGCCAAUGCACGUGAUAACAAUCCAGAAAAACACCGUGCAAUAGAUAAACAAAGCAAGGCCAAUGCACGUGAUAAACAUCCAGAAAAACACCGUGCGAUAGAUAAACAAAGCAAGGCCAAUGCACGUGAUAAAGACCCAGAAAAACAGAGACUAAUAGAUGUACAAAAGAAGGCUAAUGCACGUGCAAAAAACCCAGAAAGGUACAAAGCUGUAGAUCUACAAAGCAAGACUACUGCACGUGAAAAAGUCCAGAAAAACACCGUGCCAUAG